AUGGGCGUCAAGGUCCGAGAGCCAUCGCGCGUCAAUGCCAUGCAUCCCCGAGCUGCCGACAAUGAGAAGAUCUCGCUCCUUUUGAAUGGCCAGCCCUGCAGCUUCUUGACCGACAUGAUGCCCGAUGAGAGCCAAUUUCAUCGCACCACCAAAAAUCCCGACAAUCACUCUACUCACCGGUCACGACCAGCUCACCCUCUGCAAAAAUGUAUCAGGCAAUGGAUUACAGGCGUGCUCGUGUUGUGCCUCACGGGCCUCAUCCUAAUCUCGGCCUACUAUGCCAGCAGGCUAUUCGGCGCCGGCAGCUGGCUAGCCCGCCAUCAAGCGCAAGCAGCUGCUUCUCCAGCCUCGCCACCGUCUCAAGCCCUUCCAGUCCGGAACUGGGAUGCAGCCGUCUCGAAGGCGAUCGCCUUUGUGGCGCAACUCAACCUGACAGAAAAGACGCAGAUGGUCACUGGCAAACUCGGGCUUGAGGCCGGGGGCUGCAUCGGCAACAUCGUGCCGAUCGAGCGCGUCGGGUUUCCCGGCCUCUGCCUGCUCGACGGUCCCACGGCGCUGGACCGCGCCGAUCUUGUCAGCGUCUUCCCCGCCGGUCUCACGACGGCUGCCAGCUGGGAUAAGGAGCUCAUUUACCUGCGUGGAAAGGCUCUAGGCGAGGAAUUCCGCGACAAAGGCGUGCAUGUUGGACUCGGCCCGGUCGCUGGACCACUGGGACGUCAGCCUCUGGGAGGCCGAAACUGGGAGGGGUUCUCAGUUGAUCCGUAUCUCACAGGCAUUGCCAUGCGACUUACUAUCGAUGGGAUGCAAUCGGCAGGUGUGCAAGCCUGCGCAAAGCACUUCAUUGGCAAUGAACAAGAAACUCAGCGGACCAAUUCCUGGCUCGCAAACGGCACAGAAAUUGCAGCAAUUUCGUCCAAUAUUGACGACCGCACCUUACAUGAGCUGUACCUCUGGCCCUUUGCCGACUCUAUCCGAGCCGGAGUUGCCAGCGUUAUGUGCAGUUACAACCGCUUGAACCAGACCUACGCAUGCGAGAAUUCGGGCUUGUUGAACGACAUUCUCAAGUCGGAGCUGGCUUUCGAGGGGUAUGUCAUGUCCGACUGGUUUGCAACGCAUUCUGGGGCGGAAUCCAUCAACAAUGGACUAGACAUGAACAUGCCCGGGCCGAUCGGGCAUGCCCAGAUUUUCACGGGUGAGACAUACUGGGGACCCAACAUCACGGCCAUGAUCAAGGACGGCUCCGUUACCGAGGAGCGCCUUAACGAGAUGAUCCGGUUGAUCAUGACGCAAUACUACCUCUUCGACCAGGACAGCGCGGAGUAUCCCACCGUUGACCCAUCCAUAAUCUUCUCCAUGGCGGCUCAGUCGAAUCUGCUAGAUUUACUCCCAGUCGAGCCACCCCCGAGCCGUGAUGUCCAGCGCGAUCAUGCAAAGCUCAUCCGCAAGUUAGGCGGCGAGGCAACGGUCCUCCUCAAGAACGUCAACGGGACUCUUCCACUCAAACACCCGGUGAAUAUUGGAGUCUUUGGCAACGACGCAGCAGAUCCAGCUGAUGGACUGGUCUUUGGGGCUGGCUUUGAGAUCGGUACACUCUCUGUUGGCGGUGGCUCAGGCACUGGACGACAUACGUACCUCGUCUCACCACUCGAAGCUAUCAAGGCACAUUCGCAAAAAACUGGUGCCCGGGUGCAAUACAUCCUGAACAACAAGGUGUUGGCUGCUGGUGACUUCAGUAGUCUAUACCCCAUCCCUGAGGUUUGCCUCGUCUUUCUCAAUACUUUUGCAUCAGAGGCAUAUGACAGAACGAGCCAUGACGCAGACUGGAACUCGACACUGGUUGUCGAGAAUGUUGCACGGCGGUGUCCCAACACCGUCGUCGUGACGCACUCGGCGGGUAUCAACACUUUGCCGUGGGCUGGUAACCCGAACGUCACAGCUAUCUUGGCGGCUCACUUACCGGGGCAGGAGUCUGGAAACUCCAUUGUUGAUGUUCUUUGGGGCAAGGUGAAUCCAUCGGGCAAGUUACCAUACUCCAUACCUGUCGAUGCGAAGGACACCGAUAUUCCCAUCGUCAAUCUUACAGAGGCAGAGAUCACUUCUCCUACGGCCUGGCAGGCCGAUUUCACAGAAGGCCUUCUCAUCGACUACCGUCAACUAGAUGCCAACAACAUCGACCCACUCUACGAAUUCGGGUUUGGUCUUAGCUAUACCACAUUCGGUCUUGGAACAUCUUUGAAGAUCAAGCAACUUGUCAAAAACGUUGCGGCGACACCAAGCCCUUCCACACCAAGUGUCCCUGGUGGUAAUCCAGAGCUUUGGGAUGCCAUAAUUCGUGUGACCACACACGUCAAGAACACUGGGCCUGUUGCGGGUGCCACAGUCCCUCAACUUUAUAUUUCGCUACCCAAAGACUCCGUCCCCGACGGCACACCUGUCCAAGUCCUGCGAGGAUUUGAGAAGGUAUUCUUGGAGUCAGAGGAGUCAGCCGCUGUCGAUUUUGAAGUGCUGCGGCGUGAUCUGAGUUACUGGGACGUAGUAUCGCAGGCUUGGGUUAUUCCGGAUGGGCCUAUAGUGUUCCGAGUUGGCUUUAGUUCCCGAGACAUCAAGGUGACAGCGAAGCAUGUUGUUCGCUCAUCUUAG